AUUGCCAACUUUACGCAGCUAACGACUCUGGUCUUUAACUCGCAAUUAGACGACGUUUCCCCCCUCAAGAUGUUACUUGUUUCUAAAAAGAAGACAGGGACCAAAUUCAACAAGUUACACAUCUUGCUAGCUUGAACAACAACACCUGAACUACCAUUAACCUUUUAUUGCCACUCCGCCCACAUUUCACCUGAAAACAAUUAUUAGAAAUAACAGCAUGGAGGCGUUGGCCUUCAUCCAGGCCCGGAACGAAUUAACAGCAAUAAAUGAGGGAUUCCUGUAUGUGAAAAACUACAGCUAAAGGUUCCUGCACCUAGAGGAUCCAUCAAAGGGAAGCGCCAGUGCUGCUGCCUCCACUCACUGCAGAGAGUCACGCUGCCCCCCUGUGGACGGGAGGCCCAGAAAGUGACCUGUGGCAGAGAGGGAGUGCGCGAGGGAGGGGGGAGUCGCCCCCGAGCGUCAAGCUGUUGUUGUGUAUAAUCUGCAAAUUUCCUCAGAUGACGCAAAGACUGUGACUUUGCCUCCUGUCCACUCUUCAUCUCCACAUCCCUCCUCUCAUCUCCCGAUGCCUCGCUCUUGUCGCAGGGGAGACAGCGACGCUCAGCAGGCAGGAUGACAAACCAGCCCACGGUCAACCAGUCCAACACAGACAAGCACAAGGCCAGAGACGAAAGCCGGCAAGAUGACAACACCGAGGCUGGCUACAAAGAUGCUGGUCACUGCAGCCGCAACACUCACAACCUGCUGCUGGGACUCACCGUCAUGGGUGUGGUCAUGGGAGCGGUGUUCGGGAUGCUGCUGCGCUACAUGAAGGUGACGGACAACUCCGUCCUCACCAUGGUUUCCUUCCCCGGGGAAAUUCUCAUGAGGAUGCUGAAGAUGCUCAUCCUGCCUCUCAUCAUCUCCAGCCUCAUUACAGGGCUGGCCGGUCUCGACGCUCGCUCCAGCGGCAGGAUGGGCAGCAGAGCCAUGGUGUACUACAUGUCCACCACCAUCAUCGCAGCCAUCCUGGGGGUCAUCUUGGUGCUAAGUAUCCACCCCGGCAACCCCAAACUGAGGGGGGGCGGAGCUACCAUGGGUACCAAAAACCAGGAAGUCAGCAGUCUGGACGCCUUCCUUGAUCUGAUCCGAAACCUCUUCCCUGAGAACUUGGUGCAGGCUUGUUUCCAGCAGGUCCAGACAGUGCUGAAACAGGUGUCAGUAACGGCGCCAAACCAAACAGAGCCCAUUGUAGUAAACAGGAAGAAACUGGAGUAUAAAUGGGGCAUGAAUGUUCUUGGCUUGAUUGGCUUCUUCAUCACCUUUGGCAUCUGCAUGAGCAGGAUGGGCGAGCGCGGGAAAAUCAUGUGUGACUUCUUCAACAUCCUGAACGAGAUCAUCAUGACGAUGGUCUCUAUGAUCAUGUGGUACUCUCCCAUCGGCAUCGCCUCUCUGAUCGCGGGGAAGAUCGCCGCCAUCGGUGACCUGGAGGUGGUGGCCAGGCAGCUGGGCAUGUACAUGGUGACCGUCAUGGUGGGCCUGAUGAUCCACGGCGGCUUGAUCCUUCCUGCCAUAUUUUUCGGAAUCACCCGAAAAAGCCCCUUUACCUUCUACUCUGGAAUCUUCCAGGCUUGGAUCACGGCGCUGGGCACGGCCAGCAGCGCCGGGACCUUGCCGGUCACAUUCCGCUGCCUGGAGGAGAAUCUCAAGAUCGACAAGCGCGUCACUCGCUUCGUGCUGCCCAUCGGCGCCACCAUCAACAUGGACGGCACUGCCCUGUACGAGGCCGUGGCGGCCAUCUUUAUCGCCCAGAUGAACGACAUCGCGCUGGACGGCGGGCAGAUCGUCACCGUCAGUAUGACCGCCACACUGGCCAGCGUGGGUGCGGCCAGCAUUCCCAGCGCGGGACUGGUCACCAUGCUGCUGAUCCUGACGGCGGUCGGCCUUCCCACGCAGGACAUCAGUCUGCUCAUCGCUGUCGACUGGCUGCUUGACAGAAUGCGUACUUCCAUCAACGUGGUCGGCGACUCGUUCGGCGCCGGUAUCGUGGACUACUUGUCCAAAGCGGAGCUCAACGAGAUCGACGCGGCCGAAAUGCGAAUGCUCCCGACGGAGGAGGAGCUGGAUUUCAUCCCGCCGCCGCCGAUCCUCACUGAGUUGGAUCUGGCGGAUCCGCUCAGGCCGCCCGAGCUUCCGCCCCGCUCCCCUCGCCCCCCUAAACAAAACCACCACGGCCACGUUCUCUCCCAGUCCCAUUCCGUCACGUACUCGCCGUCCCGCUCUGUCCGCUCUCCGUCGCCGCACUCCAUCCGCUCUCCCUCCCCGCGCUCCGUCUGCUCUCACUCCCCGCGACCUUUCCGCACCCACUCUCCUCGCCUCCUCCGCAGGACGGAGCCGGGCUACUGUGCCCUGCCCAGCCAUGACAACCAGAUCCCCGCCAUUCCUCGCUGCUACCGGGAAAGAGAGCGGGAACGCGAUCGGCUGCAUCGAGAGAGCGAGACGGAAGAAGAGGAGGAAAGAGAGCGGGUCCUUGGAGAAAUAAGCGACGGCGAGGAGAGCGACGACACGGCCUACGACCGGCGGCAUGCCAUCCAGCCCUGUGACCUGCCGUGAGUCCGCCGCUCCACUAGAGGGCCUCGCUGGAAUUCUGUCUCUUUAAUUGGAAAUGUUAAAAUAAUUUUAGUAGGGCCACUAAAACAGUAUACGUCAUUUUCUCUCCCCCACAGUCUGUAAGCCAACCUAAAACACUCCUUUCGUUAAAGCCUCGUGUCCACUAAAAAAAAAAACUGGACUGGACGUUUGGUGGAAACUUGGCUUCUUGUAUGAGAACUAAGGAUGGGUACCGGAUUCAGUACUUUUUUUUCAGAAUUCUCUCAGCACUACUGGGUACGGAUUCAUGUCAAAUCAAAUGGCACCAUUUUUCGAUACCUUUGUUAAUCGGUUGCAGACUCCAGCACUUGGCGGGCAAACAGUAAUGUUGUCAUUUUCCAUACCAACAAAGCAAGCAUGCAUGAUAGAAAGCCCUUUUAAAAAUGCACUAGCUCGAUGUUCAUUUAAAUUGGAUAUGCCAUAUAUAUGCUACUGAUUAGCAUCUAUAGGCCUUUUCCCACCAAAAGUUCAGAAACUUUAAGUUCCUGGAACUAAAGGUUCCUGUAGAAUUGUGUGGUUUCCACCACAUUUCAUAGUUCAGGUAGUUUUAUUCAAAUCAGUCUGAUGUAUGGAUCAAGGGUACAGUAUAGUUCCAAAUCGAUAUAAUGUAUAUAAACAAACACUGGUAGGUCAUAUUUAUUUUACUAAAAUGUAAGUAAAUGAAAUACAAAGAAAUAAUAUACAAAAUAUAUGAUUUAAAAGCAAAGUGUACGGGAUUUUACAUAAAGUCAGGCUUUUGUCCGCAGUGUCCAACAGUCAGAAAGUCGUUCCCUCAGUAAAUGAUGAAUUCAUGACGGUCAGGCGAUUCCUUAUGUUCUAUUCCAGCUGUAAAUAACAAUAUACAGUACAUAUAAUAAAUGUCAGUGUUUAUCUUCUGCCAACAACCUAAACGCAUUAGAUUUAGUGUUAGCAUUAGCAUUGGGUUCACUUGGGUGAGGCUAAUAACUACACAAAUGGCAUGCCACUAUCUGUGUUUCCAUUGCAGUUUUUCGCUAAAUAAAAGCAAUAUUGCUAGGGCUGCAACAACUAAUCGAUUAAAUCGAUUUAAAUCGAUUUUAAAAAUAGUUGGCGAUUAAUUUAGUCAUCGAUUCGUUGGAUCUAUGCUAUGCGCAUGCGCAGAGGCUACUUUUUUUUUAAUAUAAACCUUUAUUUAUAAACUGCAACAUUUACAAACAGCUGAGAAACAAUAAUCAAAAUAAGUAUGGUGCCAUAAAAUACUGGAAAGGAUAGAAAUGUAGUUUGUCUCUUUUAUCCGAUUAUUAAUCGAUUAAUCGAAGUAAUAAUCGACAGAUUAAUCGAUUAUCAAAUUAGUUGUUAGUUGCAGCCCUAGAUAUUUCUAAAAUUUCGACAAGGAAGAUGUUUCCAUUAAAGGGUGUUUUGCCUCAUGAGCCUUAAUUCUCGUAAAAUCUCAUCCCGCGAGACUCCACUUUAAGGAAGAUAUUGCAGCCACCGUUGUUGCGGUGAUGUCAAAAGAAGACGAAGGCAGCAGAUGAUGACACGAAGGCAACGUCCUUACAACCCCCUUGACAUUGUCCGAGCAUGUGGGUCUCUCAGAGCCUGCGGGUCAGCCUCUAUUCCCGGGAAAGGAUCCGCGAGACGGCCCGGUGUGGCGGUGUCGCAUUGCUCUCCCUGGCCGACCGAUCGAAAGCGUGACCAAGACGACCCGUCUGCCCUAGAUGUCCUGCAUGGGCGCGAAAGUGUUUCCAUCAUUUGCGAAACACUUUAAUAUAAAAACCACCUUAUGAAAGUGCAAAAAUGUUUUAGUGAUAUUUGAAAAGUAAGUUUCGCGCAUCGGACGUUUUUUCACAGGACACAUUUCCUGUGUUGUUGUUUCCGGAUGAUGAGAUGCUGCUCCGUUAUUGACUUAAGUAAAGUCUGAAUGUCAUUAAAACAGUUAGCUCCAUCUUUUGACAUUUCUUCCACUCCCGUCCUUGCACUCUACACCGCUACAACAAAGAUGGCGGGGAGAAGAUGCUGCCGAAGAUGAGCCACGUAAAUAAGACCGCCCACAAAACGGCUCAUCCAGAAGCGACUGUCAGAAAGCGGCUUGAAGAUGAUCUGUAAAACAUAAUCUAUGCAACAUUUUGACCAAAUAACCACCAUUACAUGUUAUGUAGACCACAAGAAAGUGUUUACAUUUAGAAAAAAACUAAUGAUAAUAUGACGCCUUUAAUGCGCCCUGUAAUCCAGUGCACCAAAUAUAUGAAAAAAGAUCAAAAAUAGACCACUAAUUGGCAGUGCGCCUUAUAAUCCGGUGCGCCCUAUGGUCCGGAAAAUACGAUAAGCUAUUCGGAGGUCAGCAAAAUCCACGCUGCAAUGUGUUUCCACAUCACACUUUCAAGCCCUAUAAACACUUUUGUAGAAUUUGACAGAAGACAAGACUGGCACAUUUAACUGAGUGGCAAAGACUACUUCCUGACUACGGAAACACACCAAGGACAAACUGAAUUGAAUGCAUGCUUGCAACCAGGCCACACAGUUAUCAGCUCGUUCUUAAAUGUUACUGAUUUUGUUGGAUUUUUUAAAAAAAAGAUAAUUUAUUUACACAAUAAUAGCGAAAAUUGGUACCGUUAUAAAUACCCAGGUACCAGGAAUUGGCACCGUAGGGUUUAACUGUGAAAGGUACCCAUCCCUAUUGAGAACUGAGCAGCUUUCAACACAAAAAUGUUAUUUUCUUCCCUCCCAACUCUCCCACGCCCUCUUUUCACUUAUCAGCAGUCACACAAUCUAUUUGUGAAGAGUUGCAAAAUUCUUCUUACUGCACUUCCUUUUUAUUUGUGUUUUUUGUGUUCGCCGUCUGAGGCGAUGAGUCACUGUUGCUGAAAUGCACCAGAUGCUGUUUCCAUUCCUGUUGUUUGUUUCGUGCACUUUUAUUCUCCUUUAUCGUGUUGAUCUGUAAAGAGAAAUCACCUCCCACGACCCGCUGAACGCCUUUCAUUGCAAGUCAACGUCAUCCCCCCACCCCCCAACAUGGCGUUGCAGGUCUAGCUGGUGUCUACAUGGCUGUAAUAAAACCCUGCAGAUCUUUGAA